UAGCCUUGGAUAUCACACAGGUGAGUCACUUGAUAUCCCUGGAUAUCACACAGGUGAGUCACUUGAUAGCCCUGGAUAUCACGCAGGUGAGUCACUUGAUAGUCCUGAAUAUGACGCAGGUGUGUCACUUGAUAGCCCUGGAUAUCAAGCAGGUGAGGCACUUGAAAACCCUGGAUAUCACACAGGUGAGUCACUUGAUAGCCCUGGAUAUCACACAGGUGAGUUACUUGAUAGCCCUGGAUAUCACACAGGUGAGUUACUUGAUAGCCCUGGAUAUCACACAGGUGAGUCACUUGAUAGCCCUGUAUAUCACACAGGUGAGUCACUUGAUAGACCUGGAUAUCACACAGGUGAGUCACUUGAUAGCCCUGUAUAUCACACAGGUGAGUCACUUGAUAGCCCUGGAUAUUUCGCAGGUGAGUCACUUGAAAGUCCUGAAUAUCACGCAGGUGAGGCACUUGAUAGCCCUGUAUAUCACACAGGUGAGUUACUUGAUAGCCCUGGAUAUCACACAGGUGAGUCACUUGAUAGCCCUGGAUAUCACACAGGUGAGUUACUUGAUAGCCCUGGAUAUCACACAGGUGAGUUACUUGAUAGCCCUGGAUAUCACACAGGUGAGUCACUUGAUAGCCCUGUAUAUCACACAGGUGAGUCACUUGAUAGCCCUGGAUAUCACGCAGGUGAGUCACUUGAUAGUCCUGAAUAUCACGCAGGUGAGUCACUUGAUAGCCCUGUAUAUCACACAGGUGAGUUACUUGAUAGCCCUGGAUAUCACACAGGUGAGUUACUUGAUAGCCCUGGAUAUCACACAGGUGAGUCACUUGAUAGCCCUGUAUAUCACACAGAUGAGUCACUUGAUAGCCCUGGAUAUCACGCAGGUAAGUCACUUGAUAGUCCUGAAUAUCACGCAGGUGAGUCACUUGAUAGCCCUGUAUAUCACACAGGUGAGUUACUUGAUAGCCCUGAAUAUCACACAGGUGAGUUACUUGAUAGCCCUGGAUAUCACACAGGUGAGUCACUUGAUAGCCCUGGAUAUCACACAGGUGAGUUACUUGAUAGCCCUGGAUAUCACACAGGUGAGUCACUUGAUAGCCCUGGAUAUCACACAGGUGAGUUACUUGAUAGCCCUGGAUAUCACACAGGUGAGUCACUUGAUAGCCCUGGAUAUCACACAGGUGAGUUACUUGAUAGCCCUUGAUAUCAUGCAGGUGAGUCACUUGAUAGUCCUGGAUAUCACACAGGUGAGUUACUUGAUAGCCCUUGAUAUCAUGCAGGUGAGUCACUUGAUAGCCCCAGAUAUCACACAGGUGAGUUACUUGAUAGCCCUGGAUAUCACACAGGUGAGUCACUUGAUAGCCCUGGAUAUCACACAGGUGAGUCACUUGAUAGCCCUUGACAUCACACAGUCGAGUAACUUGAUAGCCCUUGACAUCACAGUGAUCACACAGGUGAGUCACUUGAUAGCCGUGGAUAUCACACAGGUGAGUCACUUAAUAGCCCUGGAUAUCACACAUUGCCUUUGGCAUCAUACGCAAAUGCUAUUCUAAUAUACCUUAUUAUGACCUAUGUGAUUUGAGUUAUGUAAUAUACUUGCGUUGACAGUAAAGAAAUGGGGUUUCUAAAAAAAAAUAGCAGUAAGAACUUUUUUACAAAUUCUGUAAAAAGACUAGUUUGCGUUUACUGACAAACAUGAACCCACAUGCUCUUUUGUUUACAAUUAUUUACUGUUAAGCCGUCAAUAUUCAACUGCGUUGGCUGGAGAAUACAUAGAGGAUAUUUGUUGGAUUUGAUUAGAUAUCGAUUUUAUUGCACGAGUGAUCAUAUAAAAUAAUAUUUUCACGAGUGGCGCAGCCACGAGUGAAAUAUCCAUUUUUUAUUAUCACCAGUGAAUGAAAAUCGAUAUUCCAUAGAAUCCAACAAAUUUUCUUUUUAUUUUAUGCUUUUUUCAACGUUUAUUUACAUUGUAAAAGAGUUUAACUGGAUAAUUUCACUGGAUUUAUGACGUCAUUUUAGCGAAAAAAUGACGUCAUUUCAUAGUAAAACAGUGAAAAAUAUCAAUAUUUUUCACUGUUUGAAACAGUUAUAUACCAGUUUUAUUUCACUGAUAUAUCUCUAUUAACCACCGGAAAGAAUAAAAUACAUGUAUUUCUAUGUAUUACUUAUGUCUGCGGACACCUCUAUAUA